GGUGCGAAAAUUGACCGCACGUACCGUCCGCGGCUACAGCCGAAGGCAAAACGCGAGUGUCGGUAUUCGAGCCUGUCUAACCACCGCGAUAAGCGUUCGCACGUCUGACGUGGCCGCGUCAUCCAGAGAAAUGGAAGAAGAACCAGCGAACGUUGCGGUAACGCGCUGGCAAGACGCCGGGUCCCCGAUCGUUUCCGACUUGUCAAACGUCGAGAAGACACGUCCGCGGACGCGGUCGGUCAGUGCGAGGAGGUGAAGCGUCGGAUGUGCCAGCAUGCACGUACGAUUGUGCGCCGUGACUUUCCUGCUGCGCUUGGUGGUCUCGAUCGCGGCCUCUCCGACCGCGGAGGUCGUGCACCAACCGGGCGCGCUGAGCAAGUGCUGCGUCGCCGGUUACGCGUUCAACGAGGAACUCGAGUGCGUCGAUGCGGAGCCGGGCAGGCUCAACUACACGCACGAUGCCUGGCGAACGCUCUCGACUCGACGUCCCCAGCGGAUCGUCACGAUGAUCGCGUCCGUGCGGGGCUUGAGCUGCCGCGACGACGCGGAUGAGAAAAGCGACCCCCCGCGUAUCCGUUCCGUUUUCCGCUCGCCGGGGGACUACUGCAUCGAAAACAUGAUCAACGGCACGACGGUGCUGAUCAAGUGCGCGACGGUCGACUCCGCGGUGACCCUGGACAGAGAGAACUCGACGGAAACGACGGUGGUGACGAAAACUACGACGAUCAUCACCGUGACGACCAUCACCACCGUCACCACCGUCAGCGUGACGAACGUAUCGUCGACGGAGAACGAGACCGAAGUCGUUCGCCACUGCAACAGUCUGGGAUCGGUGUUCUUCUGGGGCGCGUAUACCUACAUGGGCACCAACUUGGCCCACGUUGUCAUGUCCACGAUCGUGGUCGUGGUGUACCUGUCCGUCCCGGAGCUCGGCAGGAGCAUCUACAAUCGCGCGGUGCUCCGUCACAACGGCUGCCUGCUGCUGCAGGGCUGCCUGCUGACGCUCCUCGCCUUCUGCAACCUGUGCGGCGUCCCGAUAAGCGACGAGCUCGAGACGCUCCUGUGGAUACUGAUGCAGUACUUCACGAACGCCACGGUGUUCUGGCUCAACGUGAUCUGCUUCGACAUGGCCCUGUCCAUCACGCGAUUCCGCUGGAUGCUGGGCUCCGGCCAGCAGACCAGUCGGGAGGAGAACAGGCGGCUGCUGCUGUACGGCGCGUUCGCGUGGGGCAGCGCCUUCCUACCCGCCGUCGUCGCCGUCAUCUUGGAAUUUUGCCCCGGCAUCCCGGAGGACUUCCCGCUCAAGCCGAAUUACCGCCGUUACCACGGCGGGCCAAACUACUUGGUGAACGUAUACUUCUUCGGCAUACCGCUGCUGACGCUCUUCUUGAACAAUGUGCUGUUCGUCUUCACCACGUACAAGAUCAUACGGAUACGGCGGAGUACGGAGAUAGCGACGAGGAAUCACACCAACGCGCUCAGGAAGAAGUACUUCCUCUUCUUGCAGCUGUACCUGCUGAUGGGCGCGCCGUGGUUUUUCGGCCUGCUCUUCGCUUGCAUGAACAAGCUCGUGGUGAUGAAGAUAUGCCGGCUGAUAUGGCCGAUUCUGUGGCUCCUGAUGCUCGCUUCCCACAAGAAACUACGGCGGAAGCUCGCCGACAAAUUGCGGUGCGUCAAGAAGAAGCCCGAGAUCACCGCGAUCAGCUCGUAGACGGGUCCAGUGACUCCGCGCCGAUCUAGAAUCGCCGGCUCGGCCGACGAAAAAUUAACGCGCGGGCGCGCAUGACGGAUCGAAUUCUUAUCGGUGGCGGCCGCAGCGUGAACAAUCGCCGGAUAUGCGCCUUCUAUUAUCAUACGAUAUGUUGCGUAAUUUCGCGGCGACAACAGUUUCUCCCCCCCCUCGUCGUUGCAUCGCGCGCGCUCACGAGCGUCUACAUUAUUUUCUUGCGCAAUCCAGAGAUGAACCCCCGUCUCCGAGCAAGAGGAGCAAAAAAAAUUCAACGGCGUCGCCGACGCCGACGCCGCAAUAUCCGAUGCCGCGAACUGAGCGAUGAGUCGCAGAAAAAGCCGGGUUUGCGGCGUCGCGUCGCCCGCGCGGCGGGAUAAUAAAGGAGUCGGAGCGCGACGUCGUUUCCUGCCGGGGCAUUUUAAUUACCGUAUUCGCGACGCGCCAUCACUCUCGCCCCCUCGCAUUGUUUUUUUUCCUUCCGUUUUACAACGUGUAGAAUAUUAACCUGUUAGUGUACAAUGCGCGAGCGAUAUACGUCAGGCGCGGGCGCUCUUCACGGGCGAUCUUCGGCACCUCGGGAAGACGCGGUAAGAACCGCGAUUCUCUCCUCUCGCGCGAGAGCCUCCUUGUGUGCUAACAGGUUGAAAUAUAACUCUAAAGCCCGGUCUACAAUGAGGCAGAAGUCAGCAGUCAAAAAUCAUAAGCCGUAAGUUGGAAAUCAUAAAGAAAAAUGUUGACGAUGAAUCACAAGUCACUAUACUCUAGCCAAUCGGAGACGAGGAAAUUGAUAGGCGAUCAUUCGCCUCGACUAGCUCGAUGAGUUCCAAAUCAUCGAUAUUCUCGUUGGAUGCAGCGAUUUCCAUCCCAAGGAAAAUGAAAAGUCAAGACGAUGUCAAUUUGAUGUCAUAUUGACCAAAUUUAUGCCAUAUUUUGGUCAAUAUGAUCAUCAAAUUGACGUCAUCUUGACUUUUCAGUUUUCCUUGGGAUCGUUAAACAAGUUUGGUUAAACACCGUUUUGUUGAACAACACUUAAAAAAUACCUAGGGUCAAGGUUCCCAGCUAACACCAAAGUAACAAUUACAUAACAUCAAUGCAAAUGUAAUAUAACAGGCAUGUGUUAUAUUACAUUU